CGUUAAACGCGUUGUAUGUGUAUUGCAAUUUGAUCCCGUAGCGCUCGGUCGGAGAGUAAUUUACGCGAAUUCCUGGGCAUCCGGGUCUCUGCAGGUGGGCCUCCAGGGUUUCUUCUCACGUCUGAUGCCUUCGGUGUCGCAGCAAUUGCUUCACCGUUUCGUUACUCGCAUAACAUUCGAGACCUGUCACACCGAACACUUAAGAAAGACAAUCCUUGCCAACAUUGUUCCGCUGACUUUAGCUACGACGUAAAUGUAUAUGAGCUUCUAAAAGGUAAUGCAGAGCAUAAUGCCAGUUAAAACAAAGUCUCGUGUUCCUGAAAGUAUGGGUAUCACAGGUGGAUUGGUUGAUGCCAGAGACAAGCAAGUGUUAAAGGAAGCGGUAGAGGCAGUUGUUAACAGCUUUGCAAAACAUACUCAAGGCUAUGGAAGAGUGAAUGUAGUAGAAGCUUUGCAAGAGUUUUGGCAAAUGAAACUAAGUAGAGGGACAGAAUUAAGAAAUGGAGCAUUAGUUAUUUAUGAGUCUGUACCUGGUACCAGUCCACCUUAUGUUUGUUACGUGACCUUACCUGGAGGAUCUUGCUUUGGUAGCUUUCAAAAUUGCCCCACUAAAGCAGAGGCCCGUAGAUCUGCAGCAAAAAUUGCUUUGAUGAACUCUGUUUUUAAUGAACAUCCAGCGCGAAAAAUAACAGAUGACUUCAUAGAAAAAGCUGUGGCAGAAGCAAGAGCUAGCUUUGCUAAGCCUUCUGCAACAUCUAAUGGUGUUGGUAAUCAAACACAGGGAAAUGGAGAUGAAAAAGAAGAUCCCAAUACAGGUAUAGGUGCAUUUCGUUUUAUGUUGGAAUGCAAUCGUGGAAGAACAAUGUUAGAAUUUCAAGAAUUAAUGACGGUCUUUCAAUUGCUCCAUUGGAAUGGCUCUUUGAAAGCAAUGAGAGAAAGGCAAUGUAGUAGACAAGAAGUAGUUGCUCAUUAUAGUCAUCGAACUUUGGACGAUAACAUGCGCAGCCAAAUGGCAUUAGAUUGGGUAGCGAGAGAACAGGAAAGCGGCGGCGGCGUUGUUGCUAUGGAAUUAGCAUUGGCUGAAAGAGAACUCGAAGCGGCACGUUUAGCUGGAAGAGAGCUUAGAUUUCCUAAAGAAAAAAAAGAUAUAUUGAUGCUUGCACACGCUCAAGUAUGCCCACAGUGA